AUCCCGUAAGAAAACAUAUCUUUAGGCUCUAGCUUUUGCUACAAACUUCCAUUCAUUUAACAAUCUAUUAUAUUCCUUUCUUUCUACAUGCAACAAUCCUAUACUUCAAGUGUUACUCUACAUAUACACCUAAAACCUUAAAACACUUACAUGUUUAUUCAAACUGAUCGAAAACCCAUCUCAUCAUUCCUUCACCUCUCCUCCAUAUAAAAAACACGAAAAGCAAAUAGCCGCGAGGAAUGAACCACCACAACCAAGGCCACCUCCCGAUCCACGGAGACAAUAACAGACAACAACCGUACUACCACCGUACCCACACGGUCCGGUAUUACGCCCACCGGGUGAAGGAGAGCCUAAGCACAAGAGUCUCCAAGUUCAUAUGCACCAUCUUUUUAUUUAUCUUCUUUAUUGCGGGCCUAAUCGCCUUUAUCAUUUGGCUGGGCCUCCGUCCACAUAGGCCCAGGUUUCACAUUCAGGAGUUUUCCAUUCCAGCUUUGGCCCAGGCCCAACAAUCUGCGCCACCGGAAAGUGUUGCUGUCAAUUUCAAUGUCACAAUCCGCAAUCCUAAUCAUAAGGUUACAGUCCACUAUGAUUCAAUAGAAUGUGCAGUUUUUUACAAAGAACAACUAAUUGGUGGAAUCCCAUUGGUGACGAGUGAGUUUGAUCAAGAGUGCAAAAGUACAAAAAUACUUCAAACGGGCUUAGAAGGGCCCACUUUGACGGUCAAGAUUCAACGGUGGGCGGAGAUGCAAAAAGAUCUAACGGCUGGGAACGUCCCAUUUCGACUUCAAAUUACAUCAGUUUUUAAAUUCGAGAUAUUAUCGUGGGGUACCAACAGCAAAACACAUAAAAUGCAUGCUAAUUGUGCUGCUCAAGUGGGCCCCAAUGGAUUGCUCUUGCCUCAUUUAGUCGGAACAAAAUGCCCUGUUUAUUUCACUUAAUUAAUUAAUUAUUAUUAUUAUUUUUUUUUUUUUUUUGUAAUGUUUGAUGGCAUAUGAUGGUGAGAUGUAAUUAUUUUUUUAAAAUUUUAUUUAUGUAUUGUAAUAAGUAUAAAUAUUUUUGGGGAUUCUUUGGAGGCUUCUUUUGCCUAUUGUAAUUAGUGGCUUUUUUUUAAAAAAAGAAUUGUGAUGUUAUUAAAUGAUGUCAAUUGUAAUAUUUCUACUCUUUAAUUGAUUUAAAAACAAGGUGAUGUUGUUUAGUGAAUAAAUAUAUAAUAAUGUUUACGAGUUUCAAAAGAAGCAAUUUCUUAUACUACUUUCAUUUGCUUUUGUUUAUCUUGUAUGUGUAUACCUCAUCGCUGGGUCACUUGGU